UAUUUGUCACUUCGUUUAGUUUUUUCUUCCAAGCAGCGCGUAGAGGCCCUCCGCAAUGGCAAAAGUAGUGGCGCGUUUAACAGUUAAAUCUAGUGCACUUUUAACCCAACGACCAAGUGUAACCGUGUAUAAAGCAUGUUGCCGAAAUGCAAGCACAGGAUUUGCGAAUAAAUUGCCACCAAGGAACACACAUCGUCUGCUGGUUCUGGUGGGCGGCAGUGUCGCCUCAUUGGCGGCAUUGACUGCGUUUAUUCGACUGAGAAGCGCUGCGAAUACAGCGAAUGCAAUGCGAAAGAAGAGCCUGCAUCGCGAUGAUACCGACUUGGAGAAUGUUAAACUGACCGCACGUGAGCGCCGCUUCAUUAAAUUCGCUUCCGUGGAGUACGAGGAUCAGCUGUAUAUGACGCCACAGGAUUUUCUGGAAUCUGUUGUGGAGCAGGAACCCAGACCUCGUCUGAAGCGUCGCGUGCUUAGCAGCGAGGAGGUUGAAAAAUACAAGGACAAUACGCCGGCAGUCAAAAAGGGUUCAUCACGUCUCUUUCGCAAUCUCAGGGACAAGGGCAUUGUUUCCUACACGGAGUAUUUGUUCUUGCUCUCCAUUUUGACCAAACCCAAAUCUGGCUUCCGCAUUGCCUUCAACAUGUUCGACACGGAUGGCAAUCAGCGUGUGGAUAAGGCCGAGUUUCUAGUCAUUAUUUCCAUAUUGGCCAGCGCCUUCAAGUCCAUACAAGAUGUUGACCCAAAAACCAAGGAAAUUAUGCGACGCUUAGUACCUUAUGAGGAACCCACAUCGAUUAAAUCUUUAGCCGUACCACGACCCAAGGGUCUUAUGGAGCGCAUUUUCAGCGGCGCUUGGAGAGAAAAACACGGCGAUCAGGCGUCGGAAAAUCAAGAUGAAAAUUCCGAUACGCCACACGAGCGUAAUUUUGCGGAUGACGCUGAGGGUCUGCAGCGACGUCAUGUGGUGUCCACCACCCUGCAGCUGCAUCUGUUUGGCAAGCGCGGCACCGGCGUCAUCAACUAUGACAACUUCUAUCGUUUUAUGGACAAUCUGCAGACAGAGGUGCUCGAGCUGGAGUUCAAUGAGUUCUCCAAGGGACAAAGCUUUAUAACCGAACUGGACUUUGCCAAGAUCUUGCUGCGCUACACGUAUCUGGCCACAGAUGAGUACGAUGUGUUUCUGGAGCGUUUGCUGCAUCGCGUCAAGGAUGAGCAGGGCAUAUCAUUUAACGAUUUUCGUGACUUUUGUCAUUUUCUCAAUAAUCUCGAUGAUUUCACCAUAGCCAUGCGCAUGUACACGCUGGCCGAUCGCUCUAUAUCCAAGGAUGAAUUUGCGCGCGCUGCCAAGAUCUGCACUGGCUAUUGCCUCAGUCAGCAUAUGAUUGAUACGGUCUUUGCCAUAUUCGAUGCGGAUGGGGAUGGUCUGUUGCAUUAUAAGGAGUUCAUAGCCAUUAUGAAGGAUCGGUUGCAUCGUGGGUUCAGAGUAAGUGGUCUUUUCUUUGAAUACAAUGAGGCACUCGAUGCAUACGAUGAUCCCGAGUAUCCCAUGUUUCAAGCCUGGCGCCAUAGCGUCUGUCGGCAAUUGGACUUCUACAUUGACAGCGAUGCGCUGUGGCAUGAAUAAUUUAAUAUAAAACUGCUUUUGAUGUUGUUCCUCUUAUCGCUUAUGUGUGUGCGUGCGCGUGUUUUCUCAUUUGUGUGUGUGUGUGUGUAAUUUGUUUUAAGCAUUAAUCAUUGUUUGUGCUUAAGCUUUUUAUUUAUUUCUA